AUGUCGCUCCAGGAGAAGUUUGAGGCUGCUGUCGAAAUCAUUCAAAAACUUCCGAAGCAAGGUAAGUGGCUACAUGACUACAUUUAUCGAAAAACUAAUCUGUAGUCCGAUAAAAUUGGUUUCUGUGUAGUCUGACAUGUAACAUGUACCCGAAUCAUCUUUUUUCAGGGCCAGUGAGCACUUCCAACGACCAGAAGCUCACUUUCUACUCUCUCUUCAAACAAGCCACAAUCGGAAAUGUGAACACCGACCGACCGGGAAUCUUCUCGAUCGUCGAGAGAAAAAAGUGGUUAGUACAGUUUAUCAAUUCCUAUCAUCUUCGACAUUCAAACGGGGAAUUCCUCUUCUCACUCAUUUUCACGGACAGGCUAGUCAUUGCCGCGUGGUGUGUUGCAUCAGAAUGGGGUGGUGUGAAACGUCAUGAUUUUUUGAUCAACGUUUGAACUUAUCUUUUCGUUGAAUUGAGGGGAGGGCAUGUUCAGACGGCCGAAGGUUACUUCGAGUAUGGUGCCAUUAAAGGGAGAAAGUGUAAAUGGAACGGAAGUUGGGAGAGAAGCAUGCGAUUGCCUCAAGUUCCGCUGAAGUGUGAUUUAUGAUCAGUGAUGUAUACUUGCGUCACUUCUUCGACUGUGCCACCAUGUUCAAGCUCACAAUAGGUUUUGGUUUCAAACUUUUAACCAACUAGAGUUUAGUAUUAUCAAAGUUCGAGCCAGAUUGCUUUUGAAGUCCCCAAUCUCUUCAUUUUUAGGGACUCUUGGAAGGAACUAGAAGGAUUGUCCCAAGACGAGGCCAAGGAACGUUAUAUCAAAGCUCUUAACGACAUGUUCGACAAGAUUGCCGAGGUAUGUGUAGCCAGGGCGGCGGAUGAAAGCAAAAAGUUUUUACAUUGUGUUCGCCAACAAAAACAAAUACCUACCAGUCUGUUGAUGUACCUAAACCAACAUUGUUUUCAGGAACUCGACGUGGCCUCUUGGCUCGAACAGAUCGACCCUGUCAUCAAGACCAACUUGGCUCUUAUCGGAAAGUGA